AUGGAUUCUGCAGGCGCUUCCCAAAUAGUUAGCGCAUUAGAUGUCAUUUACUCUCCGAAAUCUAACAACUCUCAGCGACAAGAAGCUCAGAAAUUUCUAGAUGAAGUGAAAUUGUGUUCGGAAUCUCCCUUCUGGGGCUACGAAAUUGCACUGCAAAACCCCACUAAUUCUAUACUGAAAUACUUUGGGCUAGGGUUAUUAGACCACGCUGUGAAGAAAAACUGGAGCGACUAUGACGAGGAAAAAAGAGUGGCCUUGAGAAAAUGGGUUAUGGAGCUCAAUUUCGGGGUGCAAGAUCAUGACACCAGAUAUAUUAAGGAGAAACUGGCUACUCUAUGGGUAGAAGUGGCGAAAAGAACAUGGGGUGAAGCCCUUAAACAAACAAACCCCACGGAAGAGCAGUUGCUCGCAUCGUGGGUAGAUAUGGACAAUAACCUUUAUGAACUUUGGAACGUUAACCAGUCGUCAAGAGAACUAGCAUUAAUAAUCUUCAGAAUUCUUUUUGAAGACGUUUUCUUGUUGGAUGAUUUAAUCGUCUUGAAGAGGAUGACCGUAAUCCAGCCUUUGUGUGUAAUGAUCGUUUGUCCCAUUGAAGUCUUCGCCAUAAAAUACAAAUUCAGUGAUAAAUGGACCAAGUUUAAAGCAAACAAAGAAGGCUGGUUUUCUGUUUGGAUUCCCGAAUUAAACAACGCAUUACAACAGAAUAAUUCCGAAUAUAUUAUAAGACUUUUAGAAACUUUGAAAACCUGUUUAAAUUGGCCAUUGACCGAGGUUAUUGUAGGAAAUGAUGUGUUGACCUGCUUAUUGAACUGUCUUUCCAGUAACAUCCCAAAGGCACAAUCAAUGGCACUAGACUCAAUACAUAUUCUGCUGACCCGCCCAUAUAGUAACGAAAGCCACUAUCAAAUGACCAUAGAUAGAGUGUUUGAUAACAUGGACCUGUUGGAUAGAGUAUAUGACAGUUUAUUGUUUGAUCCUUCUGAUGAUAUAGAUGAAACGAAAUAUCCUAUAAUUAAAAAAUUCGUGGAUAUGAUUAGUUGUCUUUAUGUUUGUGUUCCGAAGAUAAAGGAGACUAACGACCAAAUUCAAAAAUACUUUAAGCUUGUAUUAAAGACAACAUAUAAUCCAAGUUUAAUCGUAAGUGGGUUGACGUUAGACCUAUGGUGUACAUGUCUUCGAAACGAUGAAUAUCUACCCAACCUUGAGAAAUAUAUCAUUCCUGAUUUACUACAGUUUGCUGCAGACGCUUUGGUGUACUAUGAACAAAUUGAUGGCCAUGUUUCUAAAAAAUUCGCUGAAAUUGACUUUCAAUCCAAGUCCGAAUUCCAAACUUUUUGUUCCACUUAUAGGAAAAGAAUAAGAGAUAUCAUUAGGUUGAUUUCCUGUGUGGAGUUAGAUCUUACUUAUGACUGGCUGAACAACAGACUAAAUAGCUAUUUCAGUUCACCAUUCGGCCAACAAGUCCUAAGUUCCACGUUUUUAGACCAUAAAUCAGAACCUUAUUUAGGUGCGCUGUCUCAAUACAUGAUUGUGGAAUGUUUCAUUAACGGUUGUAUAAGAUGGAAGAUUUGGUAUCCAGCAGGGGACGAUUAUGACGAAAAAUUAGAUUCCAUACUACAAAAGCUAGAGAUCUUAUCAAACCAAUUGAUCGCAUUAAAUCUGAGAGAACCACUACUACUGAAGAAGCAAAUCCAAAACUUUGCACUUUUCUUGACAAUGUUGAAAGAUAAUGUACUUUUCACACUGUUGGAAAAAAUUAUUACAAGUGCCACGAUGGAUUAUCCAGAAAUUAAUCUGGAGGAAAGAGGCCCCGAAUCCGACGCAGUUCGAGACCUAAGGUAUGCUUGCGGUAUCGAAUUGAACAGAAUGGCUUUGCUAAUGCCCGAAUCACUAAAAAAAAUAUACCCAGAUCUGGAAAAUGUAAUCGCCAAAAUUAUGCCAAAUUUGUCUUACCAUGAAAAGAUUUCGUUCAAGUCCUUUUUAUUGAUCAUUGUACUAAAAUCUUCGCUAGAUAUGAAAGAAGAAAGAUUUGCCGCUAUUGUGGACCCAGAACUAUUAGCCUGGUCCGAUAAGACAACGGUAGUUGGCCUUUCUGAUUUGCAUUGGUUUAUGGAACGUUUAGGUAUUGUUCAGAUUGCAGAAUAUUUUCAAAGACAUAACAUUAACGAAAAUAGUGAUCUUUUAUCUAUUCCAAUAGACGAUGAAGGUAAAGAAUUAAAGUCAGAGUUGACCAAACGUUGGCAAAGUCUAUUCCCUGUUCGAGCAACAAGAAUGUUCAUUYAUUAUUCGAUGCAAAGUAUUAAGACUGAUGAAGAAUUUAAAAUGUUACAAGAUCUAUGGAGACCUAGAAUCGUCCCAAUUUUACCUUAUAUCACAAGGUUGUUGUACCAAUUACAAUCUUACCAUGAUCCAGAUAAUUGGAAGGGUCUGCCUAUAGUUGUACAGUCCUUUGUCAAAUAUUCCACUAUUGAAAGAUUUUGGGAAGCAGGAGCCUCCAAUAAAUCAAAAGAUGAAUUCAUCGAUGAACAUAUGAAGGCAAUGCAAACUUUAAGAGACUUCGCAGACUCUGUAGGGCACAUUAUAAGGUACACAAGAGAAUAUACUCUACUUGUCUUGAGCGCUAUAUCAUCGCUUGGUAGUGUCUUUUACUUUUUGGAUGAAUCGCCGGAUUUACUAUUAAACUCUAUUGCUAUAUUCAAACCAGGCACUAAUGAGAUAAGUCCUGGUGUUUCAACGCAUGGUUGGAAACAYAUAAUGAAUAUAGCUAUUCGUCCUAUUCUGAAAGGUUGUCCGAAAGACUGUUUGGACAAGUUUAUGCCGGCUUUUUUGCCAAAAUUGUUUGAAAUCUUAGAUGUGCUACUUUGCCAGAAAUGGUCUUUGCAUAUGAGUGAUAUGGACAUGAAUCCAGUUCCAUCUGAUGAUGAUCAAAUGACUGAAGAAAUUUUGGAAGAAAAUUUAUUGAGACAGUUAACUACAGUUGUUGUUCGAAUAGUGAUUGAUUGUAUUGGACAAGGAAAUGCCAAUCCAAACAGUGCCAAAAGCAGGCUGAACAACCACCAAAUUGAGUUGAGAAAGAUUAUAUUCAAUGAUUUGAAUAUUCUUGCCCCAUUUUUGAAACUUUUAAAUCAUUUGAUUUCAUUUAAAGAUACAAAGUGUUCGUUUAAUUCUAUCCUAGUGAUGAAAUGUUGUCUGACUUCAGUUCUCAAUCAAAACAAUACCGUUGAUGAAUAUUUCACUUUUGAAGUGAUGAAAAAUUUAUUGUUGAAUGUAUUGUGUAAUAGCGCAUUUAAGGAUUCUUUUCAUGAAGCCCUGUAUGUCUUCACCGUUAUAUUCUUAACGCUAUGCAAAGAAUAUCCAUCGGCUAGAGCAUUUUUAUUUGAGUUAGCCAACGGUUACAAUAUUGAUGAAUUAUACAAGAAUCUAAGAAGUGUAGACGAAUAUAAGGGCCAGAGAGCACUCAUGAUUGAUUUUAUAGAUUGGGUGAAGUCCUCAAAUGGGAAGGAAGAUGGUAGUGUAGACCAUGCAGGUGAUGAGAGAAAAAUGCAGGAGAAGAGAGAAGCUAUUCUCAAAAAGGCAAAUGAAAGACUGAUCAAGAAGAAUAAGGAGAGUGGAGACAUGUUAGAUGAUCCGAAUAUUGAAGACGGCGCUGUAGGUAAUCUCUUUGAUGACAACUGA